AUGUAUUGUAUUGCCGCCGUGCAUCGGCGUAAAUUUAGCAUUCUGUUCUUCGGUACAGUGACGGAAGGUAUUGAGCUAGACUUAGCGAUGGCUGCACGCCUGAGUGACGUGGACUGCAUAUCCACAGUGGACGACCUGUGGCACCACAUUCACGACCAGGUGACAAUUGCUACCGAGGAGACCAUGAAACGCACAAACUUUAUGCGGCUUGGUUUAGUUGAUGAGGACAAUGCGAAGAUUGGUACUUUGGUGUCGAAGAAAAAGGCAGCAUUUACUGCACAAGUGGCAGACCCAAGUGAGUUGAGGAAGAGUAGUCAGUUUAGCAAAUUUCGACGGCGACUGACUUAA